CAACUACGUUAACAAGUUGCUGCAUAAAAAAGUGUCACCAUCACCAAGUAUCAGCUUGAAAAUGUUACCUUUAUUGUUAUGUCUUUUUUUGAUGAUUAUUUCUGGUAAUUCAGCGUCAAUUACUUCAUUGAUGGACUUACCGUUGAAUCUACCAAGGGGUAAUUACAUUAUUCAUGCAACGUUAAAAGACUUGGGCAAUGGAGAUAGAUACUUUAUGCAAGAGUUUAUUUCAUCGACAUCAACAAUUAACGGAAUGAUUGUAGUUGAUUCACCUAAAAAUACAUUCAAUGUUUAUUACAAUAUGAAGGACGGAAACGGGAAGGACAGUAAUGAGCGUCAAGUGAUUAUGGGUAUCGAUUGUUAUUUAUACAAAUUGUCGAGCUCUCAACUCUUACCUGGGAUCAAUAAGCGAUUGACGAGUUUGUUAGUAGCCAUGGGACCAUCGAUACUUUAUCGUCUCGGACAUAAUUCACUAAUUUGGGAAAAGAGUGCGGAUAAAAAUGUGAGAGGCACAAUGAUGAAAAGUUUCAAAACCAAUAUCAACUAUAAAUUGAAUAUCACUUAUUAUUACAAAUCUAACUUGGAUAAAGAAUCAGGUCUACAAGCACCGAGUCGAAUUGCUUUCAGUGGGAGUAACCCAUCUGAAGCAUAUUCAACGAAAGAAAAUCUAAUUUUGGAUAUUUACUUACAAGAGAUGGACGCGACUAAAGAUUUAUCGAAAAUUGUCAACGUAAGAUAA